UAAAAGAAAAAAAGUUGUCAUAUCUAGGAGGUGUUCACACGCAAAGGUGAUCUGCCAAGAUUCCAGGUUUGCAGCAGGCAUGUCAGAGGGAGGGGUCCCAGGUUUUCUGACAGGAUAUAAGGACUCUCACAGCAUCAGAUCAUCACAUUGGAACCUCCUGUUGGAAGCCAAGAAGACUCUCGCACAACUCAUCUGAUCUACACAACUUCACCAGGUUGGAGAAAUGGCCUCAGGUAACAUGAACGUUGCUGCCCUGGGUCGACCUUUCACCCUGGGAAUGCUCUAUGAUGCUCGGACAGAUAAUCUGAUCCCAGGUUUGACAUUGUGGGAUGAUAAAACUCUACAAGGCAAGAUAACUGAAAGCUCUCAGCGCACCAGUGACUCUCAUAUUUAUAAAGAAGACUCCACUGAUUACAAGUGCCGUCGCCUGGAUGUUGAAGUUUCUCUGAAGGCCAGUGUCCUGGGUGGACUGAUUGAAUUUGGAGGAUCUGCCAAGUAUCUGAAUGAUCAGAAGAAAUUCUACAAUCAGAGCAGAGUGACGUGUCAGUACAAAACUACCACCAACUUCAAGCAGUUAAUGAUUGAACAACUAACCAUGGAAACCCAACAAAUGGAUGUCAUUAAGAAGAGCUCAGCAACACAUGUAGUCACAGGCAUCCUUUAUGGGGCAAAUGCUUUCUUUGUAUUUGACAGUGCAAAGGUAGAGGCCAGCAGUGUUCAGGACAUCCAGGUCAGCAUGCACGCUGCAAUAAAUUUGUUAUUUGCUAAAGGUGAGGCGAAAGCUAAGGUACAGCUGACUGAAGAACAAAAAACCCUGACUGAGAAUUUAUCCUGCAAAUUCUAUGGAGACUUCAUCCUUGAUAGCAACCCUGCAACAUUUGAAGAUGCAGUGAAGGCCUACGAACAACUCCCAAAGCUACUGGGAGAAAAAGGAGAGAAGGCUGUUCCAGUGAAGGUCUGGCUGAUGCCGCUGAAGAAUUUCCACUCCGAAGGUGCUGAGCUGAUGAGAGGGAUCAAGGACCACCUAGUAAGUAAGGCGGAGUAUGUUCUAGAUGAUUUAAAGGAAAAAGAAAUAAGAUGCAACGAUUCUCUGGAAGACAAAGUGGGCGAGCAGUUUCCACAGAUUCGAGAAGAGUUGAGCACUUUCCAAAAAUUGUGUGGUAGUUAUGCAUCCAACCUCCAGCAGGCCUUAAAGGAGAAACUUCCCUCCAUCCGUGAAGGAAAAGAAGAUGAGAGCUCACUAGACCAACUCUUUGAAGACAGAGACAAGUCACCAUUCAGUCAGGAAAAACUAACCAAGUGGCUAGAUCGUAAAGAGAGAGAAAUCAACGUCAUCAGAUCCUGUGUAGAUACCAUGGAGGGAAUAAAGAUCGUCCCAAAUCAGUCAGAGCUGGACAGACAGGUUCUUGCUCCAGGUGUAGAACAUGUACUGUGCUUUGUUUUCACUUCAGUGGAAAGAGGUGAUACAGACCUUGAUGUGAUGGCUGACUUCUUGCACUUCCCUAAAUUAGGAAGUACCAAUGAAGAUCCAUGGUACUACUCAGGUGAUGUUUUCACCAAAAUGAGAGAAAAAGCCAAAGUUUUCCAUCAAUUUGCCAAAGCACAGAAGAACAACAGUCGAUUCCGUUUCUUCAUAGCAACCAUUGCAAACAAGAAACACACAGGAGCAACCAUCUACCAUUACAAGAACGGCAUUCUGGUCACUGAAGAUUUUUCAAGGCCUGUCCUCCCUGAUGUGGAGAAGAUCACAAACAGAAGAGAUCUGAUCUGGUAUGCCUGUGAUCUCAACCUGGACCCAAACACUGCAAACAGCAACCUCAUUCUGUCUGAGGGAAACAAGAAGGCAACAAAUGGAGCACAGCAGUCAUAUCCUAAUCACCCAGAGAGGUUUGAUAAACAUACUCAGGUGUUGUGCAAAGAGAGCUUAUCUGGGCAACAUUACUGGGAGUUGGAGUGGAGUCUGAAUUCUAUGGGAUCUAUUUGGGUUGCCGUUGCUUACAGUGAAAUUGACAGGAAAUCAUGCCAUCCUCAAUUUGGAGGAAAUGCCGUAUCGUGGACUUUUUACAGAUAUGAUGAUAAGGGACACUCACUUAUGGCAAGGCAUAAUAAUCAGGAAGUGUGGCGCGGUUCUUAUCCCUCUGAUGGCUGUAACAGAGUUGGGGUGUAUCUGGACUGGCCUGCUGGCACUCUGUCCUUCUACAGAGUCUCCUCUAACACACUGAGGCACCUCUACACCUUUCACACCACAUUCACUGAGCCUGUUUACCCAGGAUUUGGGGUUUAUAGUCCAUCCUACUAUGUGCACCUGCUUCCAGUUAAAUAAGAGAAAUGACUAGAUUCUUGGUCUGUAAAUAGGGAUAGGGUUUAGAUUUUAUCUUGAACAUGCUUCACAAAUUCAAACAAUGCAUUCAAACCCAGAGGGACCAGGAAUAUUGAUGAUGUAAUCAAUAGGUGUCUGUAUGUGUGAUUUUCUGUCAAUAUCUUCAUGUUGAUUUGAUGAGCAGCCUUCUUCUGAAACUGGUUAGUACUUCACAGAUUUAUAAUACGUUUUUAAGAGAAAGAGCUUAUAUUGAUACGCAAUUGCUUCGUCAACACUAGUAUGUUUAAAUAUAACUCAUAGCUGAUUAUGAACUUGUUUUGUUGAAAUUAUCAUGUUGGUGAUGGGAUAUAGAUUAGCUUAAGUGCCUUUUUGUUUUAUUUAGCAUUUUCUUUUCUUCUUUGUGCAGUAUUUUUUGAAAUAGUUGUCUUUUCAGAAUCCAAGAGGAAUCAAUAAGUUUGCCUUUUAAAGUCUGUACCUUAAGAUUGACUUUGGGUUCAGUUAACGACUACUGUUUUGAUGUUAAGUACAUUGCUGAUGUUUAUAGAGUUGAAGAAAUGUAUUUUUCUGUUAAUCAGUUGAUAUUGAUUCGAUGCACAGCCUUCUUCUUAAACUAGUCUGUGCUCCACAAGGGUUAGGGUUAGCAGUUUAAACUUUCAUUGGUACAUCCUGUCGUGGAAGUUUCCUUCGCAGCAGGUGAAGGAGUUUUCAGAGUUUAGUAA